UCAUCGUUGUGGUAUGUACAUGAAGUUGUAAACGGUUCGGUUAGAUGGUAGCAACAAGCCAAAGCCGAAAGGAGAACCGCGUUUGUGCCCAUAUCAGUCAACACUCGACCGGUGGUCCUGUUAGUCGUGUUAUUCUGGCGUUCGUGUUCUACGUGUGUUGCUGUUGUUAACGUUUAUUAUUCGUGAGCAAAUAUUCACCGAUUCCGAACAACUUUUUGUUUGUGAAACACGUUACAUUUUACGUCGACAUAAUCACUUAAGAAAACCUUUUUAUCACAAAAAUGGGUCAAAGUUAUUCGAGUAGUGAUGAAAAGAAAGACAAAGACAAGCAAAGAGAAAAGAUUAAGUAUAAACCACCAAUCCCUCCAAGAACAAGCAAGAAAAAAAGGAAGGUAAAUGGCCCUGACACUGCUUCAAAACUGCCACAAGUUUACCCUCAUUCAAAAUGUCGUUUGAAAUUGUUAAAACUGGAGCGUAUCAAGGAUUAUUUAUUGAUGGAAGAAGAGUUCAUAGUAAACCAAGAAAAAUUGAAACCCCAAGGAGAAAAAAAUGAACAAGAACGCUCAAAAGUAGAUGAUCUCCGUGGAAGCCCUAUGAUUGUCGGUACAUUGGAAGAACACAUUGAUGACAACCAUGCAAUUGUUUCGGCUUCGGUUGGGAAUAAAUAUUACGUCAGCAUUUUAUCAUUUGUUGACAAAGAACUGUUGGAACCAGGAUGCACUGUACUGCUCAACCAUAAAGUCCAUGCAGUGGUUGGAGUACUAUCCGAUGAUACAGAUCCUACAGUAGCUGCGAUGAAAGUUGAAAAAGCACCUCUUGAAACUUAUAGUGACAUUGGUGGCUUAGAACAGCAAAUCCAAGAAAUUAAAGAGGCCGUUGAACUACCUCUUACCCAUCCUGAAUUUUAUGAAGAAAUGGGUAUUAAGCCUCCCAAAGGAGUAAUUUUGUAUGGUCCUCCAGGAACAGGAAAAACCCUUUUAGCUAAAGCUGUUGCUAAUCAGACUUCAGCGACAUUCUUGAGGGUUGUCGGGUCUGAGCUUAUUCAAAAGUAUUUGGGAGACGGUCCCAAAUUGGUGCGAGAACUAUUCCGCACAGCUGAACAAUAUUCACCAUCUAUAGUAUUCAUUGAUGAAAUAGACGCAAUUGGUACUAAACGAUACAACUCAAACUCGGGUGGUGAACGAGAAAUUCAGCGCACUAUGCUAGAACUUCUUAAUCAAUUGGAUGGUUUUGAUACACGGAGUGAUGUCAAAGUGAUUAUGGCCACAAAUCGUAUUGAAUCUCUAGACCCUGCUUUAAUUCGUCCUGGCCGUAUUGAUCGUAAAAUUGAAUUUCCAUUGCCAAGUGAAAAAACCAAACAUCACAUUUUCAACAUUCACACGUCUAAAAUGGCAUUGGAUGGAGGAGUUAACUUGAAUGAACUCAUUUCAAUCAAAGAUGAUAUUUCUGGUGCUGAUAUUAAGGCUAUUUGUACUGAGGCAGGUCUAAUGGCGCUUCGUGAUCGUCGUAUGAAAAUAACUAACGAAGAUUUUAAGAAGUCGAAAGAAAAUAUUUUGUACCGCAAGAAAGAGAACAUUCCUGAACAAUUGUAUUCUUAAAUAUAUUUUGACUUCGUUAUGUAUGUUAAAAUAAUAAUUGAAUUUGCUACAUAAACAUCUUACAAUAUACACAUGUUGUAUUGUAAAAUGUCAGCAAAAUUUAAUAUCAAAUCAAAUAUAUUUGUUUUUUUAAGAUUAAUUUUAACUUUAAAAAUCAU